AAUAGUGAAAAUGAAAGAAGAUGCCAACAAUGUGAAAAAGAUGAGAGCCAAAGUCAUUGGUUAAUAGAGAAAGAGAGAGUAGUGGGAGUUGCAGAAACUGCAGAAGACGCACAAACUCACAGCCACUGAGAGAGAAGAGAGAGAGAGAGAGAGAAGGCUGACACACAUAAACGACAAAAACUGGGGCUGUGGACCAGACUCUUCUCGCUUUACUUCUAUUCAUCCCCCCCAAGACCACCACCCAACAAAACAAAAAAAAAAGGUCCUUUUGUUCUCUCUCUCUCUCUUUCUCUCGUUGUUUUAGGUUAAACACUUGCUUAAGAGCUUCUGUAAUUGCGUUUUAACUCUGAUAACCCAAAACUGAGACUGGUUUAGGCUGUGAAUUUAGGUUUGCAGGAAGAUUCCAGGCAACCAAACCAAAGGUCACAGACUCACAGAACACGUUCAUUUGGCAGGUUUAGGGUUGCAGCCUUGCAGAAAGAAGAUAAAAACAAAAGGAAAUACAGAAGGUGGGAGAGGUAAUAAUUGGGAGCUGGACCAGUGUGCAGGCUGUGGGAGAGAACUAACAUGACCUUGUCGGUUGUUCUGCAAGACUACUUCUCUUCUUCUGUGUUUCAUCAUCCGUCUCUUGUACUCAUCACUGUUUUUUAGUACAAAAGCCACAAACCCCAACCCAGCUGUUCCUUUGGUGGAUGGAUUUUAUGGGGUUGGAUGGGAUUUUGGGAAACAACCCUCUUAUGCAUCUCUCUCCUAUAAUUUUUCAUCUCUCUUUUUCUUAUAAUUUAAGGUUCCUUAAUCGCCUUCUACAACUAUCAGCUUCAUGGUGCAAUUACAGCUUUAUGACUUCAAAUCUACAGUUUAAUUGAUUAAGAUUGGGUUUCGCAGAAAUUAAUCUCUUCCUAGGCAUCUAAUCAUAAGUCCAUAUCUGCUCAAUCACUUGCUUACGUCUUUAGAAAAUAGGGUUCAAAUCAGUGAAAUGAGUCGGUGAAUUUCUAUUCACAGAGUUCAAAAUCAGAAUAAGGAAGAAAGGAGAAUAAUCUUCAGAGUUAUCUAGUGAUUACUUCUUUGAUGAUCAGCUCAAUUUGUUCUGGGAUUUGAUGGGCUAAACUAGGGUUGAAAGGAUCACCGGAAGACGCCAUAGCUUUGACAGAAAUAUUCAGGCAGAUAAUGAUGAUGAUGAUUAUGUUGAUUUGAGAAGUGGAGUUUACCAGAGAUCAAGACUUGGAUUCGAAGUUUUAUCUUGCAGAUCAGUUCGAUGGAACUGAAAGGCCAGGAUAAGGAAACAGGGAUGCCAAGCUCUCUGGGUUACAAUCUACCUCAUAUAGAUUCCUCCCAUAAAGUUCCUCCUGCUUCUGUAAUUUCAGCCCUCGGAGAAAGAAAAAGAGAUCAUCUUCAUCAAACUGCUGCACCUCAAACCCUGGAACACCAUCCUCUUCCACUGAAUCUACAACAUCAAAGUCUCGAGCCCACUAGAGAAUCUGACGUAAUCCCAGAUCCAGCUCCAAUUGCUGCCACAGGUGCAACCAGCUCAACACCAACUCCCAGUACAUCCAUUUCCCGAUCACCACCACCACCACCACCAGCAGCAGCAUCAACCAUUAUCACUACCGAAUCAAUAUCAUCAGUUAGAUAUCGAGAAUGUCUGAGGAAUCACGCAGCAAGCAUGGGAGGAUUAGUUGUCGAUGGAUGUGGAGAAUUCAUGCCAAGCGGCGAGGAGGGAACCCCAGAAGCCUUGAAAUGCGCAGCUUGCGAAUGCCAUAGGAAUUUCCAUAGGAAAGAGAUUGAUGGAGAACCACCACAAUGUACACCCAAUUGUUUCUACAAAAACAAUAACCAAAGAAAUACAUUAGCUCUUCCUCAACAACUCCCCACUUCACUUCCUCCACCCCAAGCUUCUCUUCAUCAUAGAUACCCUCAUGGGUUUUCUAUAACCGCCCCCACUAUCCCAACUGCACCCAUAAUGAUGACCUUUGGUGGCGGAGGUGGCAGUGUUGGAGCGGAGUCAUCAAGUGAAGAUCUUAAUAUUUUCCAGUCAAAUUUACAAGCCGCAAGAUCUAUGCGGCCAUCUUCGUUGAAGAAUAAGAGAUUUAGAACAAAGUUUACCCAAGAACAGAAGGACAAGAUGAUGGAAUUUGCAGAAAGAUUGGGAUGGAAGAUCCAGAAACAAGAUGAGCAAGAAGUGCAGCAAUUUUGCUCGCGGGUAGGUGUAAAGAGAAAAGUUUUCAAGGUUUGGAUGCACAACAAUAAACAAUCCAUGAAGAAAAAGCAAAUGUAAGAGCAAUUCAAACCCUUGUAGAACAUAUAUUAUCGUGACUGAAAGAUGAUAUAUUUGUGUCUACCAUUAUAGAUCAAAUGUGCAUAACUGAUCAAAUAAAAGUGAUGAUCAAUCAAAGGUUGCCAGUCACUCUUAAUCUUUUUCCCCCUUCA